AUGGGGUUUCAUGGGAUAUAUAGCAGUAUCCAAGGAAACUCAACAAGUCACACUUCAGCCUAUAUCCCUUACGAGCCACCGGACUGCAGGUCAAUCGUCAUCGCCGAGAGCCGUGGUUAUCCGUCCGUGCAGAGCUCGGACUUCCAUCCGUCGGAAUCGGAUGCCAUCCGUCUGCAAUUUCAUUUGAGGACUGACUAUUGCUCUUGGAUAAUAUGGACACUUGGCGUGCUGACCGGCUAUGCACUAAAGAGGAGGUGCCUCGGAAGAGUAGGUUUGAAGUUAUUCGAUCGUAUACCUGCUUACUUUGAUGCUCGUGAUGAUGGGCUAAUCCGCAUAAACCUUCGUGGUGAACAUCAAUCCGGGGAAGCUCCUCCCCGAACCAACCAAUCGGAUCCAGCAUAA